AUGUCUCCACAGUCCCGCCGAAUUAAAGUAUACCGUGAAAUCACAGAUGCUCUGUGCCAUCUGCACAGUCUUGGAAUCGUGUAUGCAGAUGUCCGCAUUGAUAACAUCCUUGUUCACAACAAGGCUUCGGCCAUUCUUUGCAAUUGUAAUGCCGCCAGUCCUCGCGGGCAACCCAACCUGGUUUUUCCGGGUCUCCCACUUCCCGUUGCCGGUCCUUCGCCUGUCUUGUCCGAAGCGUCGGAUAUGUUUGCAAUGGCUUCGCUCAUUUUCCAAAUGGAGCACGGGGCUGCUCCUCAGCUUUCCUUACAAAACAGGACACGGGCUGAUUGCUAUGACAUGAACGGAUGA